AAACACUAUCGAAGAAGAAAAGGGAAGAGGAAGAAGAAGAGCAUUUUCGCUUCGCUCCCAAAUCAGAGAAGUCAAACAAGUCUUCCUCUGAGAGAAUCACUCAUCCACGAAGAUCCACUUCAAUUGAAAAUUUUUAGGAACUUGGGUUUGGAGAAGAAAAGUGAAUAGUGAAGAAGAAGAAAUUGAAAUUGAAGUGAAAUGCCGGAAGAGGAGUUGGUGGACAUAAAGUUCAGAUUGUACGAUGGGUCUGAUAUGGGGCCAUUCAGGUACUCUUCAGCAGCCACAGUUGAUGUUCUUAAACAAAGGGUUGUCUCAGAUUGGCCAAAAGGCAAAACAGUCACCCCAAAGGCAGCAAAUGAAGUGAAAUUGAUUAAUUCUGGUAAAAUAUUGGAAAACAACAAGACUGUUGGUCAAUGUAAAGUACCAUUUGCUGAUGUUGCAGGCGGUGUCAUAAUAAUGCAUGUUGUUGUACAGCCAUCUCCUGCAAAAACAAAACCUGAAAAGAAGAUAGAUGAUUCACCCAAGAAGAUUGUCUGUGCUUGUUCCAUUUUGUGAGGACAAUCUGGUUUCAUAUUUUGGGACAUCCUCAAUCCUUAAUUCAUCAGUAUCAAGUAUCAUCACCACUGGUAAACUACAGAAAUCAUCAAUAUGCUUGGACCAAAAAAAAAAGAAAAAAAAAAGAAACAAACUCUUGUGUUUUCAGUUUUCAACAUUCAAUGUGUAAAGUAUGUGUAUACAUAUAUAGUUUUUUAUAAUAUUAUAUUAUGAUGAUGGAGGAUACCCUAUCACAAAAAAGAAGUGUCUUAGUAGUUGUGACUUUCUCAAAAAAUGUCAUUCUUUUAUUACUAAGUUCUGAAGAAUUGAUGAUGACAUAAUAGCCACUUAUUGCUA